UUUGUGUAUUGCGUCAUGAUAUUUGUCAAAGAACGUUCCACCGGAUUUCAGGGACAGUCGCCAUCUUUGAAGACGAACAGUCAAGGGUUCUUUCUUUGUUGAUGUAUUGAAAUUAAAAGAAAAAAAAAACAAUUGAUCCACACAGUCAGACGAGUCGUUGUGAUAGAAGGGUAAGCAUAGCGUCACAGUUUGGUUGGUUCUUAAAGGUAGAUGUCCAGUUGUAGUGUUUUUUAUCGUUAGCCUGUUAGCUUCUUAGAAAUUUGACGCCCUGCCAUCAGGGCAAACCGUGAUGUCGGGCCAGGCGCGGUGUUUUCCAUUAUUUUUUUCCUUUAUUUGUGCCAGUGUUACUUAACGUACUCGAUUGCUUAUUUCUGCAGCAAGACUAGCCAACGUCUUAAAACCUAGUUGUGUACUUUAGAGUGGUUUGUAAGCAAGGCGUAAAGUUAUAACUAUAUUGUGUUGUGUGCUGCUAACAGCUAACUCUUGGUGAGCCAAGUAGGCCCCUACAGUUAACGUGAAAAUAUUAUCUGACGACAUUCUGCUUUGUCUUUUCUCAUGUCUAGUAGCUCAAAAUUGCUGUCAGGCACGGGGUACGCUACGGUUUUGCUAAACAUAGUGAACAAAAACACAGGUGUGAGUUCGUCUUUAGUAGGCCGCAAACAGUUAUUUAAGACGCUGCGCGCGCAUGUUCCUACUGGCAUUCAGCCAACUCAGUUUUUAAUUUUAGUGAGUACAGCGUGUUCGAUAUAACACGAUAUCAUGGCAGUGCAUUUGCAAUUAUCGUGUUGUCUCAAGCGCCACUUUGUUUUUUGAGUUUGGUAAGAUUGACUAACUAUCAAGAAUGGUGCCAUUAUCACUUGUUUUUUGGACUUCACAUAUUAUAAAUGUUUUCAUUUUCUUCACUCAAAUUGCAUAUUAAAAAAAUUAAAUAUUUUCAUCGGAAGUUGUUUAACCCAAUAGUACCUUUGUGUGGUUUACUUGGUCAACACUCCACAGUUAGAGUUUGAAUCUAUGGUGAAUUGUAACAUAUGGUGUAAAGUAGAUGUUUCUUUAAAUUUAAGUUUUCGAUAUGAAAUGGCAGAAAUCAGUGAUUGUGUUACGAAAUUGCUCAUCAAAUUUAAAUGUAACGACAGUUUUAAGUUGUUUAUCCUUUCUUUACAUUUCCUUACCGAUAUGAUAAAAUCUCUGGUUUGGCUGGCUGCAGUCACAUGUUUGUGCAUAGUAAACAUUCUUAUCCAUUGGGGGAGGGUUUUCCUCUGAAACAGACAUGCUGCUCUGCUAAAAGUUAUGUAUAGACCAUGGUGUCUUUUAGCAUUCAUUAAUGUCUUCUUGUAUGCCAUUUUAACUGUUUUUUUUCUGUAUCCAUUUAGAUGCGUCACUCAAAACGAAUGCGCUCCCCGGGUGUCUGGUUAGAUGAAUACAGUUGGGAAGAGAGAAUGGAGUGUCGCAAACGGAGAAAACGAGAUUCACAUAGCAGCGAAAGAGAAAAUAAGUCCAGAAGAACUCAAUAUCACCACAAGAAGUAUGAGGGGUAACUAUAUUUUAUUAUGGGGUUUUUUGAGAUUGCACUUGAUGUCUUUUUUUUUUUUUUUUUUUUAAAACUGUUUGUAUAACUACCAUCAAAUCAUGAGGUAUAUGAGCAAAAAUUUGUCAAAUUCUUGAUUAAAAGUCAGGGUGAAAUACAGAGAUAUAAACUUUUAAACAACAGUCACAUAUGUAGGAAACUUCAGACCACACAUGAGUGGGGAAAAUGUCGGUUUUAUUUCCUCACUGACAGAGGCAGUUCUUUUUCUUUUGGGGUUGAAUGUAAAAGUAAUAUUUAUAUUUCCAGUUGGCAAUUUCAGUGCCGUCUAUUUCAGUUAAACCCAAUAUCAGUAUGUUUCGCAAUUCUAUCUUCUUGUAUGCAUGCAUGAUUGCCUGUGGGGUCACAUUAGAUGUUCCAGAUGUACUCUAAUUUUAAGUCUGUAGGGAGGCAGACUUCUACCCAGUGGAUAACCGACACCACCAGGGUGUUCAGGCCCUAAUGCUUUCUUGGUCUUGCUUAACUGCUAGCGUUAUAAACUUGGUAGGUGGUUUGAAAAGUUUGAAAGUCUUGGAUGUGAAAGUAAGCGUGGAAUGGCUGUGGUAAAAUAAGGAAGUUUUGCUAUAGAUUUUUUAUACAGCUCUAUUUGCGUUGUAGAAAUGGCUUCACAUUUGGUUUUCACUCCUGGCAUGCGGAGUUCCUCAGGUGUAAUAUCACAGAUUGUAUUACACACCAUCAGGUGGUGCUAAAACACUUCCCACAACUUUUAAUGGGUUACACUUCACGCUGCCAAUGUGGCUGUCUGUCAAAAUGCACAAGUUUAAAAGGAAUGCAUGUUUCAAGUUGCCAAAAAAGACAGCUGUUUUCGAUGACCCCAUUUUUAUGCAUUACGAUUUUGUAACUUAGAAACCUAACCCUAGAAAGUAUGUGAUUAACUGUUAAUCAGUAGAAGAUCCUCGUUAACAGAAAAUUUGGUCAGAUGUGGGUGUAAGGUAUGUUACUAAUUACAAAUGUUACAUAAAAGGCUCAGGGGGAUAGGGUGUCAGGCAAUAGGCGGAUCAUUAGCACCAUCACUACCACCUUCAUCGAGGAGUCUGACCGCAGUCGAAGAACGGAGCGCUCCUGACUCAGACAACGUUUUCUCAUUCUGGUGUUUAAUCCGUCUUUCCUUUCUUGUUUGACUGCAGGCAGUAUCUGGAGACCCGCAGUUUGAACCACAGGCUGGACUCACGGGAAGGAUACACCCAGGACUACUGUCUGAACAUGGCCCGUGAGGAGGACAGCCGCGAUGGCACCUGCAGGGACAGAGACAUGGACUGGCACCACUACAGCAAGUCAUCUGGGCGAAGCGGGCGAAGUGGUCGCAGCAGGCGAAGCAGCCGCCGUCACAGAGACAGGAGGCGCAGGCGUAGCCACUCUCAUCACAGGUCUUCCACGGUACGAGGAUUCCCUUCUCCUCUCUUCCCUCCACUCCUGUCUAUAUCACCAAAUCGGAUGGGUCAUAUCUCUUGUCUCUCUAUCUGUUUGUGUGUCCUACUCUUCACGAUAAAGCAUGAUUUCCAGUAAUAACAAGUAGAGGACUUGGGGGGGCUUGGGAAGCGAGGGAAUGGAAGUGUUUGUAGAUUUAAAAGAAAAGUGGACCCAAAAUUUGUGCUGAAAUCUUAGUGGGCAGAUAUGGGAGGUGAUUUUUAAGAGUAAAAGUUGUACCUGUAGGCAGAGCUACAGAGAUCUUACUAUAAGAGUUAACUCAAGUUCAGUUUUUUUCUGUACUACUUUGAGAAAGUCUCUCAUCUGAAAAUCUUGUUGCCAUGUUUUUCUUCUGUAACACACACUAUGUGGUGGCUGGCGCCCAAUUUCUCUGACGGGGCUGAAUUUGAAUUUGCUGCUCCGUCCAUUCGCCUGGCGGUGUUACUGAACGGGCCGAAUCUAUCCACCCCUACACCUCACCUCCCCCCCUUGGCCUGGUUGAAUGAAUGACGAUGUCGCAUUGUGGUGGCCUGGUGCUGGCUGACUGAUGGGUUAUUGAUGUGAUGGCGGAUUGCGGCGGUUCCGGUGCAGAGGAGGAGCCAUCGUCACAGGAGCAGGAAAAGAUCCAGGAGUGUUGAGGAUGAUGACGAGGGUCACCUCAUCUAUCACAGUGGAGACAUGCUGAAAGCGAGAUGUAUAGAAUAUAUACCUUUUUUUUCUACUGUUGUUCACACUUUGUUUCUCUCACUCUCUUGUUGUCUCCAAAGAUUAAUUAAGAGGCUGAACUAUUUGGGCCAGUAGACUUAAAACUGUAUUGGUUACAUAUUGCCUGUCUGUGUAACAUACUUAGCAGUGAGCUGUACCUCAGUGUUCAGAAGCUUGUUUAUUGUAGUGUAGCGCAGAGCAAUGUAACAUCAGGCAGUGAAUCAGCCAAAGGGCUGUCUGCUGUCAAUGCUGCAUCUCUAACUUCAACUUUGUAUUUUCUGUAGAUGAGAUUCUGUGUACUCUAGGAGAGGGUGCCUUUGGGAAGGUUGCCGAAUGCAUUGAUCACUCUAAGUAAGUGAAACACAAAGUAUUUCAUAGAUUUCCCUUUUCUUCUACACUCCCUUAUCCCUUAUGAUAUUAACGGUUUGUUUGAUGUAUGUUUGCAGUAACGGGGCUCGAGUAGCUCUGAAGAUCAUUAAAAACAUAGACCGCUACCGAGAGGCAGCUAUGUCUGAGGUAGAGGUGCUUAAACAGCUGAAAUCCCUUGACCCCGACAAAAGACAGUAAGUCACCUGCUUGGGAAGGACCUGAUGUCAAAGUUUUGUUAAAAACUUUGGUCUUAUUUACUUAUAUGUGUUUUACCUCCUUCUUUUUUCAGUGCUUGUGUUCACAUGCUGGACUCAUUCGAUUACCACGGCCAUGUUUGCAUUGCCUUUGAGCUGCUUGGCCUCAGCACCUACGAUUUCCUGAAGGAGAACAACUUCCAGCCUUUCCCUAUAGAUCACAUCAGGCACAUGGCGUACCAGAUCAUCCGUGCUGUGCGAUGUGAGUAGUAAGCAAGAAGAGAGCAUUCAGAUUAUAAAAGUUUUAUUUUUUAAACUGCCUCUUAAUAUUUCCGUGGAUUUGUCUUGCAGUUCUGCAUAAGAACAAGCUGACACACACAGAUCUGAAGCCUGAAAAUAUUCUCUUCAUUGACUCCGACUAUGAUAUGGAGUACAACCCUGACAUGGUAAGCCACCCAGACGUUUGUGUGUUGUUGGCUGUCUUAUGUGCAGGUGUAUAAGUCUUGUUUGUGGCAGCAGCUGUUUGAGUAACAAACAUCUUUUUUUUGUGGGGUCAGAAACGGGACGAGCGAACUUUGAGGAACCCCGAUGUAAAAAUAGUCGACUUUGGAAACGCCACAUAUGAACACGAGCACCACACCUCUGUGGUGUCAACACGUCACUACCGUGCCCCUGAAGUCAUUCUGGGUAAGUAGAUGUUUUUUGAACUCUGCUGUAGAGCAUUGAAACCAACUGGUCUGGUCACUAAGUGAACUUGAUGCCUUUCAGAUCUUGGCUGGGAUCAUUCCUGUGAUGUCUGGAGUAUAGGCUGUAUACUCAUUGAGUACUACCUUGGAUCUACUCUCUUCCAGGUAGGUGGCGAUUAUAACCGGAGUGUUUGUUUGUUUGUUUUUUUUGCAUUGUGACCAUCAGUUUGGUACCAGCAAGAUGGCUUAUGUAUUUUUUGUUCUCUUUUUAAACUCUUAUUAGACUCACGACAGUAAAGAGCAUCUGGCUAUGAUGGAGAGAGUCCUGGGCCCCAUCCCAACACACCUGCUGCAGAAAACCAAGUAAGGGGAUCCCACUACUGAGUUUAUCUAGUAAUAUUUUAAAGACUUUGAUACACAAUUUAUUGGGCCAUGGUUGGUUGACCUGUUUUAAUGUUACUAUAAUUUUUGGUUUACAGGAAACAGCGCUAUGUCCACAGAGCCAAGCUUGACUGGGAUGUGCACAGCUCUUCUGGGAGAUACGUUCGGAAACACUGCAAACCUCUAAAGGUAAGAAGAAUACUGCUGAGUUGGAGUUUGCCUUACUCUUUAAAUUUAAUUAUACAUCUGCAGAUCUCCGUUUACAAAUUGUUUAAUGUAAUUUGGCUGAUAUUUGCCAAUCAUGAGUUAUAAAAUUGCGUCCAGCAGCUUAAAAAAAAAAGAGUAAACCAGACACUUGCAUGGUGUCAUAUAAAAAAUGGUGGAUAUUACCAACCAAACAUUUACUGCCCGGGUCUUUUUGUCCCAGCCAUCCUCUAUUCAUGUUGAUUUAUUGGAGUAAUAUAAUAAGAAAUUGUAAUGUAGAGCAGUUGGUCAAUGAUGGCAUAAUUUGAAGAGACUAAUUCAAACUUUCUUUGCCAUCAGCAUUACCUCUCAUCAAAGGGCGAGGACCACCACCAGCUGUUUGACCUGAUCGAGAAGAUGAUGACGUACGAUCCAUCAAAGAGACUCAGUCUGGAGCAGGCACUCAGACAUCCCUUUUUCUCCUCUUACUGCAAGAGCUCCAGCACCAGCAGCAAAAGUUUGAGCAGCAGAAGCAGCAGCAGCAGCAAAAAAGACUGAUUGCAUGAAACCUCUGACCUGAAAGCCCCGACAGGGCUCAGCUGCAUCUGUUUAUCAGUGCCAGCCUAUACACCCUGACUCUCCAGGAGAGGUGAACUUUAGCUGACUGUAUCAGUCCACUGCCCUGCUUCAAUAAGUCUUGUUCUAAACCAGUUUGUUUCUAAGUGCUUCUCUUUAAGUUUUCCACUGCAGCAUGUUUUGGUGUAUCGUGUCCUCCUGUGAUUUAUAUUUAUUUGCCAUUGUAAGUCAAUUCCUAAGAAGAUCCUGAAUGUGUGUUUUUUUUUAAUUCAUGAUCAGUCCAAUUUUGUUCAGAAUCACUGCGUUGUCAAGGGCUGAUGGGUAAUGUAGCAGAUUGAGAAUUGCUCUCUCCCUGCAUUAAUGUCACCAAGUAAUUUAUUCAGGAUUGGAGAUGUAAAAAAAAAUUUCUGCAGAAUGUUUUUUCAAAUGUUUUUUUUUUUUUUUACUGGUAACGUAACUUUUGCAUUACCAUGUACAUUUCUUAAUAAACGUGAACAAACUACAG